UGUAGUGUCACUAUCGAUGUGGAGGUUAGGCUAGUUCGUUUUGGGGGUUUUGUAGGUUGUGGUGGUGAUGGGGGAACCUUUGCUGAGGUUGUAACUUAAGUUGUAUAAACUUAAAAGAAAUGUGGUGUUAUAGGUUUCAUGAUGGAAAUAAAUUAUUAAACUAUAAAAGUUAUGACCAAGGGCGGUUUGGUUUUCUCUUGAGAAAAUUCAAAGGGCGCGAUGGUGUUAUCUAGAAGUAGAAUACAGUGUCGAUUAUCUGUACUGAUGGUAUUCUUAACUUGCCGCCUUCUGCUACAAACAGAGCCGGCUUUGAGUGCUGUUCUAGCCAGGGAGCAACAGGAUAGAAAUCCGCAGUCUCGUUAUACCAGUACCGAAAACUCAUAUGUAAAAGGCAUUGAUUGCAAGGAUCUUCCUGGUGCCUGUGCUGAUAUUCCUGGACUUGAAGCCAUUAUCACCCUUCAUCAGAAACUGGACGACGAUGCUAAUGGAAGUGUCGAUGUUGCAGAGAGUGACGAAUUUUUACGAGAUGAAUUGCAUUACGAAAAUGGCUACGAAAGACAGAAAGGUUUCCAUGGUAAUGACAAGUACAUUAGUGUCGACGAAUUGUGGAAAAUGUGGAAAUUAUCAGAAGUACACAACUGGACAGUAGAAGACAUUGGUGAUUGGCUAAUCAGUCACGUAGAACUUCCUCAGUACAUUCAGAAUUUUCAGAAACGCUCUGUUAAUGGUGCAACAUUACCUAGAAUGGCUGUAAAUGAUCAACUUUUCAUGACUUCACUUGGAAUCAAAGAUCCUAUUCAUAAACAGAAACUUGCUUUAAAGGCAAUGGAUGUGGUGCUUUUUGGUCCUCCUCGUUAUUAUAACUAUCUAAAGGACAUCUUGCUGGUGCUAUCACUUGUGAUUGCUACUGGAGGUUGCUGGUUUGCUUAUGUUCAACAUAAGUUUUCACAGAAACACUUACAGAAGAUGAUGAGGGAUUUACAAAGUCUUCAGCAGGCAGAGGAGACUUUGGUUCAGUUGCAAGAAGAAUUGUACAAGGCAAGACAAGAGCAGAAAAAUGUAGCAAUUGAGAAGCAGAAUUUAGAAAAAAGGUUGCAGGAUGAAAAAGACAUUUUUCUGAGUAAGACAACUACGGAAAGUGAGAGUACCACCCCAGAAAAUGUUCAACAACUGAAGGAAGAACUAGAAAAGGUCCGAGAAGAUUUACGUCACGCGGAGAAGAUACUGGAGGCGAGCCACUGGUCUCCUCCUCCUGCUUUACAGCUUUGGCUACAGCUAACCCAUGAACUUGAACUACGGCAUUAUAAUGCAAAGAAAACUAGUGCCGAGCAGCAUUUAGCCAAUGCCAAAGAAGGGUGUGAAAAAUUAAGAAAGAGGAGGACCAGCUUACUUGGUGCUUUUAGGGUAGCGCAUGGUAGUACAAUUGAUGCUAUUGACCACCGAAUUCUUCAAGCUAAAGCUGCUCUAUCAGAAGUUACAAAAGAUUUCCAGGAGAGAUUGUAUCGCUGGCAACAGAUCGAGCAACUGUGUAGUUUUCCCAUUGUUCACAAUCCAGGCUUAAAGUACUUGGAGUCAAAGCUGCAAAAGGAAUGUAUGAAUGGACUUAUUAGUUACCCUUAUUAUACAGGUAAACAUACUCGCACUGGCAGCGAGUCUACACUUCUCGACGAAGAUAGCUCAUCAUUUGGAGGAGGUGUUGGAGCAGUACACCAGCUGGUUCAUAACUCGGCAGCAUUAUUCCUGUCCCCAGUUCCACCAGUUUUGGUAACUCCGAUAAGUGAACACUCGAUGCUAAAACUUCCCUCUCGACAUUUACCAAAACGGGACAGUAGCACUUCGUUGAUCUCUGCUGGUCAGCUUUCAGCUUUCUUGACACCUGAUGGUUCGGUUGCUAAUGGUACUGUUACAAGCUUGGGCCUUCCCUCGUAUUCUCGAACAUGUUUUACUUCAGAGCGACCAUCUACACCAGCAGUAACAAGUACAUCAAAAUUAAUGACAUCCGUUUCAACCAAUGCACUUCUAAAAAAUGGAAGUUCCUUGGUUAGUGGUGGGCAGUCAUCAUGUCAGUUCUGCCUCCCUGCAGCUAAAAAUGAAAAUUUAGAAGAAUGUCGACGAAGUAAAAGCCCCAUAUUGCAUUCUUCGAUAUCUGCACCGAAAUUAUCAGAAAAAAAAGACCUAACUUUACCAUUGGGGAUAGCUCUCAAGAAACAUCAUCACCACAGCCAAUAGACAAACCAAAGAAAUUAGUCUAUAAAAUAGUAAAAAGCUACAGCCAAGAGAACAAUCCUUCACCGGCAGAAUCCAGCUCAUCUUCUCCGAAGCUUUCUCUGUCAGAAUCCUAUCUAGACAGUCCUGAACACAAGAAAUCUUCAGAUGCUACAAAUAACAAUGAUAUAUGCACCAUUGAAAGCAAAACCUCUAACCAGGGCUCGCUCGGAAGACGCAAAACAACGUCUAUUAUUUCUAACAUUCGCACUAGUUUUCCAAAUGCUAUUCCAGAUGAAGAAGAAUCUUUAAUGGUCAAUACUUACUGCACUGCAGAAGAUGAAGGAAACUAUAUUCAGGAACAGAGAAGAAAAACAUCUUUGUUCCAUGUUAAAGGGAAGAAAAAGAAAAUGCUUUGAUGGUUAUAACCAUUCAACGUCUCUUGUGAAGAUUAUUUGUGGUGGAAGAACGGACACAGAGAAAUUCUGAUUGCAACCAACAUCGCUUGUGAUGGUUCUUGCUCUAAGUGAGAGAAAGAAAUAUGAAGAUGUUAUAUUCUUUCUGUAUUAGUAUCCAACACUUUAAUGGUGCAAGUUAGAAAAAAAAUUCUCCCCUAUGUAUAUUGUCUUCAAUAGUAAAUGCUUAAAAGCAUAAUGGUGUAAAUAUAUGUAUAUGUACAUAUACAUAUAUAUAUACAUAUGUUAUAAUGUUGUACAAUCUCAUGACUAUUUUUACAGUUUUACUUAUUUACCUUCCACCGUUAAUCACCGACAAACCCUUGUGUGUUAUCAGUUAAAUAUAUAUAGUUAUUAAGUUAAUACUGUAAAUAUCGUUUUUUUGAUGUGUGGCCUUUUGUAUGUUGGAAGGCAAUUAAAAAAACAAUUUGUUUGUUGUGAAGUAUCAUUUUCUCUGCCAUUUUUAAACGCAACAGAAUAUAAAAAAUAUAUAUAUAUUGUUAAAAAUUACAUGCUUGCCAAGCUUACAGUGUAAUACACUUUAUAUUCCCAAUAAAAACUAUUCAUCUGUUUA